GCUCGGGAGUGGCCGCGGCCCGACCUCGCUCCGCGCCGGACAUGGGAUCCGCGGGCGCGGCGCUGCCGCCCCUGCUCCUCGCACUGGGCAUUCUUCAUAACUGCUGUGAAGCCUACAAUGUUGGGCUCCUGGAAGCAAAAAUAUUUUCUGGUCCACCAAGAGAGCAGUUUGGAUAUGCAGUUCAACAGUUUAUAAAUGAGCAAGGCAAAUGGUUGUUGGUUGGUUCACCCUGGAGUGGCUAUCCUGCCAACAGAACUGGAGAUAUAUACGCAUGUCCUGUUGGUGUGUCCAAAAACACGUGUAAAAAAUUGAAUUUACAAGCUUUAAUAAAUAUUCCAAAUGUGACUGAAAUUAAAGAGGACAUGAACCUUGGCUUGACUCUGAUACAGAACUCAAAAACUGGAGGAUUUUUGACUUGUGGUCCCUUGUGGGCGCAGCAGUGUGGAAGACAAUACUAUGCAACAGGAGUUUGUUCUGAAGUCAGUCCAAGUUUCGAGAUCCUAAGAAGCUUUUCUCCUGCUAUUCAAAAGUGCUCCUCUGUUAUAGAUGUUGUGGUGGUUUGUGAUGAAUCAAACAGCAUUUAUCCCUGGGAUGCAGUGCAGGCUUUUUUGAAAAAAUUUGUACAAGGCUUAGACAUAGGCCUUAACAAGACCCAGGUGGGUUUAAUUCAGUAUGCUAAUGAUCCCCGUGUAGUCUUCAACUUGAAUACGUAUCAAACAAAGGAUGAGGUUGUUAAAGCAAUGGAGAAGACAUCUCAGAAGGGAGGAGAUCUCACUAAUACUUUCAAAGCCAUUGACAAUGCAAGACAGUAUGCCUUCUCAGCUGAAUCAGGAGGACGCCCAACAGCCACAAAAGUAAUGGUUGUUGUGACAGAUGGUGAAUCACAUGAUGGCUCCAACUUGAAAACGGUGAUAGGUAAAUGCAACGAAGACAAUAUAACCAGAUUUGGCAUUGCUGUUUUGGGAUACUUAAUAAGGCAUGAACUUGAUACUAAAAACCUAAUUAAAGAAAUCAAGGGAAUUGCCAGUCACCCAACAGAAAAAUAUUUCUUCAACGUGUCAUCUGAGGCUGCGCUACUGGAAGAAGCAGGAACUCUUGGAGAGCGUAUAUUUAGUAUAGAAGGUACUGAUCAAGGUGAUACUUUCCAAAUGGAAAUGUCACAGGUGGGCUUCAGUGCAUAUUACUCACCAAAAAAGGAUGUUCUGCUGCUGGGUGCAGUUGGGGCCUAUGACUGGAGUGGAACAGUAGUUCAGGAGUCUUCAGACAGAGCCACCACCUUUCCAGGCCAUGUGUUUGAGAAGAUUCUACAGGACAGAAACCAUAGUUCAUAUCUAGGUUAUUCUGUUGCUGUUCUCUCAACUAUGAGCUCUGUCUAUUUUGUUGCUGGUGCACCAAGAUCCAACUACACUGGCAGAGUGGUGGUUUAUGAUGUGGACAGUGAUGGUAAUAUUGCAAUUGUACAGUCACAGAGAGGCGAGCAGAUUGGCUCCUACUUUGGCAGUGUGGUGUGUUCAGUGGAUGUCAACAGAGACUCUGUGACAGAUGUGCUGCUUGUUGGUGCACCUAUGUAUAUGAAUGACCUGAAGAAGGAAGAAGGGAGAGUAUACAUGUUUUCCAUCACAAAGGGAAUAUUGGAUCAACAAGAACUCUUGGAAGGUCCACAGGGGUCAGAAAAUGCACGCUUUGGAUCAGCAAUUGCAGCACUUGCAGACAUUGACUUGGAUGGCUUUAAUGAUGUUGUAAUAGGUGCACCACUAGAAAACCAAAACUCUGGAGCAAUUUACAUUUAUAAUGGAUUUCAAAAGACUAUACAUACCAAAUAUUCUCAGAAAAUCGUAGGAUCGGAUUCUGCUUUUGGACAAAAGCUCCAAUUCUUUGGAAGAUCAGUAGAUGGCCAUAGAGACUUAGAUGACGAUGGCAUUGCUGACAUAUCAGUUGGUGCUGAUGGAAAUGUGGUCGUGCUAUGGUCAAGAGGCAUUGCAAAUGUGUCCAUUAUUGCUUCAUUUAAACCUGAGAAAAUCAGUCUGCUGAACAAGAAUACAGAUAUAACUGUCAAAAUAUGUUUUCAGGCUACAUUUAGACCUGCUAAGAAAAAUAAUCAAGUGGCUAUAAAGUACAAUGCAACAUUGGAUGCAGAUCUCCAAUCCUCCAGAGUGACUUCCAGAGGACUUUUCAAAGAAAAUAAUGAAAGGUACAUGCAGAAGGAUCUUGUGGUACAUCAUGAAGAGAAUUGUGUUCAUGAUGUCUUCAGUGUACAAGAGCCUUCAGAUGCAGUGAAUUCACUUAGUCUGCGCAUUGACAUUGGCCUUGCAAAUCCUGGCUCCAGCCCUGUCCUGGACAUAUCUUCUCCAGCAUCUGUAGCCUAUAGUAUUCCUUUUAUUAAAGACUGUGGUGAAGAUGAACUUUGUAUCUGUGAUCUUGUUCUGAAUGUUCAGCGGAAGGCAGAUGACAGCAAACAACAGUUUAUUGUCAGCAGCAAAAACAGAAGGCUAACAUUCAAUGUGAAAUUGAGAAAUAAAAAGGAAAAUGCAUAUAACACCAGAAUCCAAACUACAUUUUCAGACAACUUGUUUUUUGCUUCGUCUUCUUUACCGAGUGAUGGGACUGAAGUCUCAUGUCAAACAGGAGCAGCACAAAGUACAGUCAUUUGCCAAAUAAGCUAUCCUGUUUUCAGAACAGGACAACAGGUAUCCUUUGAUAUUAGCUUUGAUUUUAACCUUAAAAAUCUUCAGAAUGUGGCAGUUCUAAGUUUUCACGCGUGGAGUGAAAGCAAGGAACAGCAAGACUCAGACAACCAGGUCACCUUAUCAAUUCCUUUGAGAUAUGAUGCAGAAAUUCACUUCACAAGGCUUGCCAACAUCAACUUUUAUGAAGUAUACUCUGGUCAUAACAUUCCUUCCACUGUGAAUAAUUUUGAAGAUAUUGGCCCCACAUUCAACUUCUCAGUUAAGGUAACAACAGGAAGUAUUCCAGUAAAGAUGGCAUCUGUAACAAUCAGUCUUCCAGAACUGACCAGCAAAGGCAACCCACUGAUGUACCUAACUGCAGUCACCACAGAUGAGACCAGAGGUGUUACUUGUGAUGCUCAGAUAAAUCCACUGCAAAUAGGGAAAAGACCUUAUUCUCCAUCUUUCACAAAAGAGAACUUCAGAGCUUCCAAAGAACUGAACUGUAAGAACGUGAAGUGCAAUACCAUCACAUGCAAACUGGAAGACAUUACACUGAAGGGAGAGUACUUUGUGAACGUGUCUACCCAAAUCUGGAAUGGAACCUUUGCUGCCUUAAUUUUCCAGACGUUACAACUCUCUGCAGAAGCAAAAAUUGAUACACAUAACCCUGAGUUAUUUAUAAUUGGAGAGAAUACUCUAACUAUCCCAGUUACAAUAAUGAAACCGGAUGAGAAAGCUGAGGUACCAGUAGGUGUUGUAAUUGGCAGCAUAUUGGCUGGACUCCUUUUGCUGUUGGUACUGGUUGCUGUUUUGUGGAAACUUGGCUUCUUCAAGAGACAGUAUGAGAAAAUGACACAGGAUAUAGAAGAUGUCGAUGAAAUUGCAGAACUCACAAAGGACAAAGACUGAAGUUAUGUGGAUAAAGAGGAGAUCUGAGCCGCCAAUAGUAGUUAUGAUCAGUCAGUUCUUCAGCUGGAGUGCCUUAAAGCUUAGUAACAUUUAAACAUUUUUAAUGAAAGUGUCUUUAUAGAAGAAAAUAUUUUACAGAUACUACUCUAUUCUAAGAGUAACUGCAGGACAGUUUGGUUUUUCUCAAAAGUGAUUUAUAGUGCCUUUUCCUGUAAAGUUUUGCCUUUCAAACAAACUUAACCCCUAGAACUGGCAGGUCCGGAGUAUACAUUAACAUACUGUUCCAGCAGCCCUUCUCUUGAUCUACUGCAGAGUGAAACAGAAGAAUUUAUUCCAGAUUAUUAUGGAACAGCAUCAGUUGGUAAUUCAGUUGACAAGUACCACAUGUGUUAAAGGACAUUUUCUAUUAAGUUGAUGAUGAAUGUGUGGUGAAUACUGCUUCCAGACUGGGAGAAGAAAAGUAAUUUUUUUCAUUGACUAGCUCCAUCCUUAUUGUUUUAGAAAAAUAAUUUCCACCAGCAAACCUUUGCUAUAAACUGGGAACUGUGUAUGAAGAUGUCUAUCUGGGUGCUACAGGACAACUGGUUGGGCAUAGUCUUCUAAAAGUUCACCAUAUUUCUUGCACUCAGGUCACAACUAAAUUACUGAAGGAUAUUGUUUUGGGGAAAUACUGCCAAAUGGUAUGUAUAACUGUCUUCUGCAUACUUUCUCCCAGAGAAGAAAAUAUGAAUUUCAUAAUCAGUUACAGCAUGUUCUCUGCAAUGUUAUUACUUAUUUUCAUCUUGAGAAGCACUACCACUACUGUUAUGCUGGCCUUUACACUCGCGGUCCCUCUGAUAUCAGAUUUGCUUUUGACAUAAAUAGAAAAGACAUUCAAGGUCUUGCCUUAAUUCUGUACUGAAAGAUUUUGCAAGACUAAGAGCAUAGAGUGAACUAAAGGGGAUAGCUGAGGAAUUAUGCACGUUACAAAAGGGGAUAGUAAAGAUCUAAGCUCUGUAAAAUGUUUACUGUACUUCUUCAGCAUCUCAGUGCCCUCCAGGAGACCAAAGUUCAGUACAACCUCCUUACCCAUCACAUUUUUUUUAUUUGGUCCCACCUGUUCAUGUCUUGAUGAAGUUAACUUAUGUUUUAUACAGUGAAGUACUAUAGUGCUCCAGAAUGAGCUCUAAGCACAACACUUGGGUGACUUUGUGUUAGUUACACACCUCAAGUUCAUCACAUGCUGUUACACUGCCUGGCUAUAAUGAAAGCUCAGUCUUAUGAAGGCCCACGCUGUAAGACUGGUAACAGUCAGGGGAAUUGGCCUUUUGGCUUCCUUUCUCUCUCAGGCCUAGCAGUUACAAUUGAGUGUGAGAGAUGUGUGUGCUUUUUGUCUGUAUGCUGCCAUGCAAGUGAGAUUGUUUCCAACUUGAGGUGAUUUACUUGAAGAGUAAAACAUGCAAAUGUGCUUGACUAAGAACACGAAGUCAUGGUUUCUUCCCCCGAAAGCUGUAUUGUAAUUAUGCUUAGGCACUUUUCCAUUAUUUUCUGAAGGACUAGACUUAAGCACGUUUGAAAGUUUUACUCAGUCUUUUUUAAUAGCUAAUCAGUCAAAAGCCAACCAUCUCUUUGGCAAAUAACAGCUUCAUUUUCAGCAACAGCUGAAUUAUGUUCAGUGUAGUUUUAUAUGGGUUUUGAAUUUAUUUUGUAUCUAUGAAAUGUUAUGUUUUGGGACAUUUGGUUGGGUUUUUUUUAACAUUCUGAAAAACAAUUCCAAUUCUUAUAUCAAUUAUCAAACAAGAUUUCUGCCAUCAGCUGAGUCUGUGACAAAAAAAAAAUAUUUUAAAAGUGGGGGAAAAAAUAGCAAUUGCAUAAAUCUAAAGAAUAAGCUCCUGACUUGUAAUUAUAAACUUUGAUGGCAAAUGCUCUAAGAGUAAAACUAAAAAAUUUGUCUGCCUUAAUUCUUAUAUAAACUUGUAUAGAAAAAAUAACCCCUACAGCCAUGUAUGUGGGAAGCUCCUACAUAAUCAGUGUCAUGCACUCUAGAGAAGAGAGGGAAUUUCACAAUACAUCGGAUGGUAGCAUCUUCAGUUUCUGGUGCUGCCUACAAGGGCAAUUCAGGCACUGACCCAGAUUUCCCUCUUCCACUUUCAGUGGGAGGUACAGGUCAUUAUCCAAUAUGCAACUUCUUUGGGGAUUUAAUAGGUUAUCAGUCAGCAAUGAUUCAAUUCACUAGUCUUCAUUGGGUUAUAUUUUGACAUGGACAACAUGAUUCUCCUUACCAGCCUGGACACAAUACUGCUUUUCCAAAAUAAAGGGGAGACAUAGCAAUGGGUAAGGUUUUUGUAUCCUAACUACUCCAAGUUACUAGUAUAUUUUUCCUUUACAAUUAAUACUUAAAUUCAGUUUUUGUAAUGGGUGAGUCUAUUGCACUUUUAAGUUGGCACAGCCAUAAGUAAUACUGGAAAUAUUAUGUAUAUUUUGUAUUGUGUGCAAGGGUUUGGGGUUUUUUGGUUUUUUUUUGGUUUUUUUUUUUGUGUGUGGUUUUUUUUUUGUUGUUGUUUGUUUUUUUUUUUUGUUUUUUUAAUUUACUUUUUUAAAGCAGCAUGUUUUAAAUACUUUGAAAUUUUGAGCUUCAGCAUGUACUUCUGUUUGUGCUUGCAUCAAGAAAAGUGAGCAAUACCUUCAGUAAACUCAAGUUAUAUCUGAUUCUGGUAUUGAAAUCUAGCUGCUGAUUUCCUGAAUACUAGAAUCAAGUCCAAAAUCUGAGUUGGUUUCAUAUGAGCCUAUGUAUAAAUUCAGGAUAUACAAGAGAGUUUAUAAUAAAGUUGACUUCUAAAAUCUAGCAUGUAAGCUCUAUGGGAGCAGGGACUGUAUCACUGUGGUGGCCUGUCUGAGGGCCUAACAGCAUUACUGCAAUAAAACCCAAGACAACUGCUGAAUGCAGACUCAUUCAUUUUUAAGCAGCACCCUAAAAAGAAGCAAUGCUACUGAAAAGCACUGCAUAAAAUGGGGCCAAAUAUGGGUUUGUCCUAGUAGCACACAGUGAGGGAAUGACUCUGCUAGGUAGACAAGGACACUGCACUUGAAGUCUUGUGGAUCGCAGUCAGGAGUGUAACAUUACCAUUAAGCUGUACUGCACUGUAACCCAGUUCACAUUAAUGCAAACUAUUUGGAAAGCUCUAGCUGAGUAGAUGGUGUUAAAACAUUUCCAUGGCCAGGCCUUCCUAUAAACAUGGGUUUAUCAUUGCUGGUAUCUAAAAUUACACCUCAUUUCGCCAGUCUCUGCACUUUAUUUACAGAACCGGUCAGCAGUAAAAUGUCAUGACUGGCUCUAGCUACACCCCACCAGGUGUAGCUGAAUUCAACAUUGCAGGAGGAACAAUGUGUUAAAAGAAGAGAGGGAGCAACUUAGCUAUGAAUAGAAAGAUGACAGGAAGACAGUAUUGUCAGAAACUAACACCUGAAAACUACACACUUCCAUAGACCUUUUUAUUUCUGUUUUCAACUUGUUCAUACUUUUAACAGUUGUACAUAAACAUUCAGGUAGGCUACCAAUUUUAACACUUCCA